AUGCAAGUGGGUGCACGGAUUCGGCCGAAAGCGCCUUCCGACACUUCCUCAUUGCAACUCCAGCGGGUGUGGGGCCUUUCAUUCCCACCCUCGUGGAGACCACCAGGAGCUUCGUGCAGUGCAAUAGCAAAAAAUGCAACCUCAAAACGCAAAAGUUUGUCAAAGCUGCCGGACUGCACGGGGGAUUCCAGUUCAAAGUUCGGCCCGGGCUACCGGACUGGUCCCAUUUGCAUCUUCAGUGAGGAUCAGAAGGAUUUGCUCAUCAACUGCUAUGGUUUGACAGGGGAAAAGUGUGCCGAAAAAUACCAGGCUCCAAAAGCACUUGGUUUGAUGGACUGCGUUGCAACUUUUUCUGUGGCCUCACACUCAUCCAAUGUCACAAACAUUGGGAAUGCGUUUCGCGUGGGACCAUGGCAAGAUCUGAACGUGGACAUCAAAGAGAUGUGGAAGCUCGGUGAGCUCGGAGAAAUGGAUCGACGGAGCCACCAAAGUGCUCUUGAUGACCCUGGCAAAUGUGCUCCAAUCAGCCGUGGUGGGCAGUUCCAAAUCAGCGUGUCCACACAGCAAACGGAGCAAAGGCGGCAAAGGUGGAUCACCCCUCCAGCUGGAUUUGCUGGUUUGGGUCCAGAUGGCUUGAGGAAAAGCUGGCGUCCAAGAGGCCGUUUCAUCACUGGAAAUGCUUCACACUGA